AUGAACGCCGCUUUGAAAGGCAAGAAGCGCGUGGUCCUACCCAGCAGACCUUCACCGCCCAGCGUUGACCACAUCCUGGAAGACGUCGGCGCCGCUGAGCCCGACGACCCUGUCUUCUCCAUCCUCCACGAGCAGCCACAACAAGCGACGGAAGCGGGCGAGGCGGAGCGGACCUUCCGGCAAUGUCGACGCCACGCCGACGUCAAGCGGCAGCUGCGGGAAUCGGAGGCGGUCCUUACGGGUCGGCGAGAGCAGCUGACGGCGGCUGGCCGGCGUCUUGACCGCCACGUGGCCCAAGUCAAAGGUGGACUUCCAUGA